AUGGAUUCUAAAAACUCACCUUCCACGGCAGCUCCGAAUCUGGCUGUCAAUCUCAGAAAACGAUUCAAUUCUCUUAACCAGCCGAGAUAUCCACUUAAAGAGACUAACAGCAACAUACCUCUGCCCUUCAAGAAACAAAAAGUCCGGUUAUCUCCUGUGGGAACUGAAAACAGAGAGCCCAGUCUUAAUUCCGGCAACAGCAAACCCACCAGUAGAUUGGCUGGCGAUGAGUUGCUUCAUUGGCAGCAGUCGUGGAGAAAGAUAAUGAAAGAAUCUAUUGUCUACUUCGAAGGAGUUCAGGAAUAUAGUCGUCUCCAAUUAUCAGAAUAUAAAAGAGCUUCCAAGCUCUUGAAACUUGUAGGCUGUGAAAUCACGCCGUUUUACGAUAGCGACGUCACGAUUAUCGUCUCCAGAAGACUGUUCAAUGCUAGAAAGGACUAUCCCAGUAAUGAUAUCUUUUCCAAUGUUUCCCAGCUUAAAAUUAAAGUUUGGGACUAUGAAAAGGUGUUUAGAUUCUUGAAGAAUCUCGGCAUUAACAUUGUGACUGGGAUCGAUGAAAGCGUCCAUCAUAACUUGUACAACUUGUUGAAGGAAGAAAAAAUCUUUGGCUUGACAGAUCGUGAUCCGAAUGCCAAACGUGACGACCUCCACUACUUUGACAAAAACUACUUGUAUGUCUACGAUCUCUCUCAGAAGGUCAGACCUAUAGCCAUCAGAGAGUGGAAUGACUCCAGCUAUCCAGUUUUGAAUUUGACAUUGGAUGGUAAGUGCCCUUUCAUUAGUGAUCCUAAUGAUGUAAAUACGGAACGUAAGAUGCUAAGGAGAAUGAGAAAAUGGAACGCUUCACAACAGUAUCGUGAUCUCUUGAAGAAAGCCACUAAUAGUAUGAUGAGCAACAUCAAAAAUGGCAUCCAGCUCACGACUACUGGUUUCAGUGGAACAAGCACUAGCACAGACAAAGUUCACGACGAAGAAGUCACAAUUGAGGAGGCCACAUCUAGCUCUAGAAAAGCGGAGGCAGAAGCAGAAGCUGCUUAUGAUGAUAAGGAGAACGAGUACAAUUUCAAACAGCCCGUGAUGCCGAUUUCGUUGUCAAGAAACUCAUCUUGUAUCCAAGUUGUUUCCAAUUCGAAAGUUCUUGAUGUUGCUGCUUCUGGCUAUAACGGAGCUUCUAAUGCGAUUAAUAUGUCGAUGGACUCGAACUCAGCAGUACAAGGCGGAAACGGAUUGGGGCCCAUGACAUCACAAGUUCCUUCAAGAAACCUCAACAACCUCAAGAGAAGAAUCAUCAUGAAGAAGCAGCAGCGCAGAAGUGCCGAAAAGGAAAAGGAAGAGUUGACUCCAGGCUACUGUGAGAACUGUCGAAUCAAAUAUGAUCAUUUCAGAGAACAUAUAAAUUCUACAAGACAUCGCAACUUUGCCAGCGAUGACCGCAACUUCAAGGAUAUCGAUAACUUAAUCGCUUCUUUGAAUGAGAGCAAGUCGUUGGGAUAUGUGACAUCUAAUGGAGACUAUCGCUAUGCGUAG